GGGGCUCAGGGUCCAGCCUGUUGCUGAUGCUGCAGCGCGGUAUUCGUCAUGGAGCUGGCGCCGCGAGUCUCUCCGUUGUUGGUCUCGCUGCUGCUGCUGCUGCUUCUGGGCCUGAGCACGGGAGCCAACAUCGACCAGCCCACAGAGGAGGGCAAGGAAGUAUGGGAUUAUGUGACUGUCCGGAAGGAUGCCCACAUGUUCUGGUGGCUCUAUUAUGCUACCAGCCCCUGCAAGAACUUCUCAGAACUGCCCCUGGUUAUGUGGCUUCAGGGUGGUCCAGGCGGAUCCAGCACUGGAUUUGGAAACUUUGAGGAAAUUGGGCCCCUCGACAGUGACCUCAAACCACGCACAACUACCUGGCUCCAGUCUGCCAGUCUCCUGUUCGUGGAUAACCCCGUGGGCACGGGGUUCAGUUAUGUGAGCAAGGAUGAUGCAUAUGCCAAAGACCUGGCCACGGUGGCCUCAGACAUGUUGGUUCUCCUGAAGUCCUUCUUCAGUUGCCACAAAGAAUUCCAGACGAUUCCAUUCUACAUUUUCUCAGAGUCCUACGGAGGAAAAAUGGCUGCUGGCAUCGCUCUAGAGCUUCAUAAGGCCAUUCAGCAAGGGACCAUCCAGUGCAACUUUGCUGGGGUUGCUUUGGGUGACUCCUGGAUCUCCCCUGUUGAUUCGGUGCUCUCCUGGGGACCUUACCUGUACAGUGUGUCUCUUCUUGAUGACCAAGGUCUGGCAGAGGUGUCUCAGGUCGCAGAGCAAGUCCUGGAUGCUGUAAACAAGGGGCUCUACAAAACGGCUACCCAGCUGUGGGGAAAAGCAGAAACGAUCAUUGAACAGAACACAGAUGGGGUGAACUUCUACAACAUCUUAACUAAAAUUGCUCCCAAGUCUGCAAUGAAGUUGAGCCUGGAAUUCACCCAGAGCCACCUAGUUCAUCUUUUGCAACGCCACGUGAGACACCUACAUCAGGACUCCUUAAAUCAGCUCAUGAACGGUCCCAUCAGAAAGAAGCUCAAAAUUAUUCCUGAGGAUUGCUCCUGGGGAGGCCAGGCUAACGACGUCUUCCUGAACAUGGAAGAGGAUUUCAUGAAGCCGGUCAUCAGCAUUGUGGAUGAGCUGCUGGAAGCCGGGGUCAACGUGACUGUGUAUAACGGACAGCUUGAUCUCAUUGUGGACACCAUGGGUCAGGAGGCCUGGGUGCGGAAACUGAAGUGGACAGAGCUGCCCAAAUUCAAUCAGCUAAAAUGGAAGCCUCUGUACAGUGACCCCGAAUCUUCUGAAACGUCUGCCUUUGUCAAGUGCCACAAGAACCUGGCUUUCUACUGGAUUCUCAGAGCUGGACACAUGGUUCCUUCUGACCAAGGGGCCAUGGCUCUGAAGAUGAUGAGGCUGGUGACUGGGCAAGAAUAGGAUGGACGGGGCCGGAGGUGAGCUGUGUGGCCUUGGAGCACAGAACCUGGAGCGAGCACCUGAAGCUAUGGGGAGCACCAUUCUCCCCUGGAGUCUUGGCGUGGGCUGUGAUUGGGAAGGUUUCUGCCAGCUUCCGCAGAGAACAAACUCUGCCUCUGUGGCAACUUGGAAACCACUUUGGCUUUUGACAAAAACUAAGGCUUUUUUUUAAUGGAUUUGUUUUAAUCAGAAUGAAGGUGUUGAACUACAUUAACUUUUUCUUGUUACAAAAGCAAAUUAUGUGAUUUAUGGCGGGGGUGGGGGGUGGGGAGGGAAAUACAGGCAAACAAAGAACAAAAUAAACACCCAUAUAUAUAUAUUCCCUCCCUGGGGAUAUAUGCACUGGUACCACUCUAAUGUAUAUCCUUGGCAGUCUUUUUUUGCUAUAUAUACAUAUAUUUUUUUUACAAAAAAUGGAAUCAUUACUAUGUUAUUUUACUGUCUACUUUGUUCACAUAUCAGUAUGUCCGAAACACCUUUUCAUGUCAAUAAAUUCUGUAACAUUUUUAAUGGCUGCAAGAAUUCCAUUUUAUGGAUGUACUAUAUAACUUAUGUACCAAAUUCCUAAAAGCAUCAUUGCUUAGUCAAAGGAUGGUGACAUUUCUUUAAAAUUAAAACAAUGAGUUUGA